CUCACUUCAGGUUUUACAGACAUUUCACCAGAGGAGUUGAGGCUUGAAUACCAUAACUUCUUAACCAGCAAUAACUUACAGAGUUAUCUAAAUUCCCUCCAACAGUUAAUAAAUCAAUGGAGAAACAGAAUAAAUGAAUUGAAGAGUCUAAAUACAUCAACUAACAUAGCCUUGCUCUCAGAUGUAAAGGAUGGAGUAAAUCAAGCAGCACCUGCAUUUGGAUUUGGCAGUACACAAGCAGUAACAUUUGGAUCACCAGGUUUUCCAGUGAAUAACAGCAGCAGUGCUAAUGCUCAGAAUUUUAGUUUUAAACCAAGCUCUGGAUUUGCCUCUGCCCCUUCUGGAAGUCCUCCUGUGUUCGGGAAUACUCCAGCAUUUGGAGCUGCAUCCUCUGCCAGUUCUGCCAUCACUACUUCUGUUCCAACGUUUGGAUUUGGGAAACCUGCAGUCACAUCUGCUGCUUCAUUUUCUUUUAAAAGUCCUGCAGCUUCUGGUUUUGGAUCACCUGGAUUUUCAGGAUUUCCAGCUUCCAUGGCAGCAGGCUCUUUUGGAGCUCCAGGGGCCCCAGCCUUUGGAAGUGGCACUUCUGUGGCUGGUUUUGGUAGUCUAGGCUCACAUUCUCACACUGCUUUUUCCAAGUCAUCUAGUGACACCUUUGGAAAUAGUAGCAUAUCCACCUCUCUCCCAGUCUCAAAUGGCAGCACCACAACAGAUAAUGAAUUAUUCACACCCAGGGAUCAAUUAACAGCAGAAGAACUAGAACAAUUUCAGUCCAAGAAAUUUACUCUGGGAAAAAUUCCUUUAAAGCCACCACCUGCGGAACUUCUAAAUAUUUGAAAGGACAAUUUUAAAUACAGAAAAGAACAGCUCUUAAAAUUGUUUUGAGUGGUUUGUAUAAAAUUGCUUUGAGUAGUUCAAAUAUAUACAUAUGUAUGUAUAUAUGUAUAUAUAUACUAAUAAGGAAUAUAAGCUUUCAUUAAUAACUUUAGGGGUCUUGAAAUUCAAUAUUUUUUUCUAAGUAAAGCAUAAAAAAUACUCGCAACAGGUUUUUUUUUACUUUAAUUAUGAAUGGAAGUGAAAAAAACUGUCAGUGUGCACUGAAUAAAGUGCAUUUCCAUCUA